AUGCCUUACGGUGCUGAAAGCGCUUGGGCCCGUGAGAGCCCGGGCUCCAUGAUUGCAAACUAUGUCGAGGAGGCCAUCAAGGAACUCGAGAGAAAUCCCAAGUACCACGAUGAGACCAACAAGCUGGUCUCACCUCAUGUCCUCGCUAUGGACAUUGAUGAGGAAGAAACAUUUGAUGCCUGCGGAGCCAAGUUCACAAGUGACGGGAAGCUUGCUAUUGUCUUCGGUGCCGACAGACUGGGUUCCAACACUGGCGAUGCCUAUUGGCAUAAGAACCUGGAGAAGGGCAUCAGCUUGGCUCCUAACAUAGAUGCGCUGAGCUUUUACGCUCGUAAAGGUAUUCGUGAAGAGUACGAGCCCGAUAUUGCCGACAUAUAG